AUGGACCCCACGCGCUGGCGGACCAGCGCCCCCCCCCCGCACAAGACCCGCAGUCGCAUCCGCGAACCAGGGCGCCCCCCCACCCACAGCCGCGCCCGCACCAGCGCCGCCCCCGCACACAGACCCGCAGCCGUGCCGGCGAACCAGCGCACCUCUGCGCACAUAUGCACGCCCCCCGCCACAGACCCGCAGUGGCGCCCGCACCAGCGCGCCCCAGCACGCGCCCACAGACCCGCAGUCCGCCCACGAACCAGCGCGCCCCCGCGCACACAGACCUGCAGCCGCGGACCAGCGCGCCCCCACAUAGACCCGCAGCGGCGCCCGCAGACCAGCGCGCCCCCGCGCCCACAGACCCGCAGUGGCGCCCGAACCAGCGCGCCCCCGCGCACACAGACCCGCAGCCACGCCCACGAACCAGCGCGCCCCCGCGCCCACAGACCCGCAGUGGCGCGCGAACCAGCGCGCCCCCGCGCACACAGACCUACAGCAGCGCCCACGAACCAGCGCGCCCCCGCGCACAUAUGCCCCAGCACGCGCCCACAGACCCGCAGCCACGCCCACGUACCAGCGCGCCCCCGCGCACAGACCCGCAGCCACGCCCACGAACCAGCGCGCCCCCGCGCACACAGACCUGCACCGGCGCCCACGAACCAGCGCGCCUCCACGCACAUAUGCCCCAGCACGCGCACACAGACCCGCAGUGGCGCCCGAACCAGCGCGCCCCCGCGCCCACAGACCCGCAGCCACGCGCCCGAACCAGCGCGCCCCCGCGCACACAGACCUGCAGCCGCGCCCGCGGACCAGCGCCCCCGCGCACCCCCGCAGACCCGCACCUCCAACAGCCCCGCAGCGUGAGGCCUCUCCGGACCGAUGCCCCUUUGCCCGGAGUCAGGGCUUCCUCGCCCUUUUCCCUUCCUGACAAAUCCCGCUCCCGGCCCUCGUUCUCGCGUCUGGGUCUCCCGGCCCCCAGCCGG